AGCUUCACUGGCCGUCACAUGCCUCCGUUCAGAUGCGAUUGUAUGGCCGGAAGCGCUUGAUUCUUAUUUAAGUGAUUAAUUAAGUCGAUUUAAACUAUUUUCGCUGUAUACAAAAAAUAGGAGUAGGAUUUCCGGAAGUGAUAACAGGUGUCUAAAAGGGUGAGAAUGGAUGUCUCUCACCUGACGGAAGACGAAAUGGCCGAAGUGAAAAAGGAAGCCCUGGAGAGGUUGCGUCCGUACCUCGUCGAUAAGCUGAUCGCAGAGCGACAUUUUGACUACCUGCGCUCGAAAAGGAUCCUGACAAGGGAGGACACCGAGGAGAUCAACUGCAGGAGCACGCGGGGCAAACGUGCCGGGAAGCUGCUAGACCUCCUUGCGGAAAACCCCCGAGGGUUAGACAUGCUCAUCGAAUCCAUCCAGCAUUGCCGAACGGUCAACUUCAUCAUCGUCAAAAUCACAGAUGAAGUGCAACGUGUGAAAAACGAAAAACUAGAAGCCCUGAAAGCUGCAAGUACUUCCAGCUCCAGUUACUCGACCGCGAAGUGCAUGGCAGGAGCUACUAACGACCUCUCGAAGACUGACCUGUACGACUACGACAAGUUUUCCACUGUGUGCCUCCACCCUGAUGGAGAGGGAAGCCCUGCCUCUUCAGUGGCGAGCAGCUCUCUGAACCUGCAGUGUGUUCCAAGCGGGGUCAGCGCUGUUGCUGCCAGCCUAAAUGUCUCCUCAACGUCAUCAUGCCUUCCCAAACCUGGUGACCCUGGAGCCCCACCCCUUCCGGAUGACCUUGAAACAGGGGGGCAGGAUAUGGAUGCUGGAGCUUGUGGGAGCACAGGAAAUAGUGGAGAUGUCAACUUCCAGCCACUACGCUCCCGUUCCUUGAGCCCUUUUGUCAGUGAUGCAUGCUGAGGUUUUUUGUUUGUUUGUUUUUUUUGAAAACUCAAAACACACAAGUCCUUUCAUUUAUCUGUCAGUACCUGUCGCAAACACAGAGAUGACUGUGACUCCUUCAGAUUGUUUGACAUGCUAGCAAAGCUCCCUCAGGAAGCUGCACUUAACAACCAGAAACUUCACUGCUCAGCUUUUAAUGUUCAGGAUGGUGAUGGUGUUCCACAAGGCUCCGUGUGCGGACCCUCCCAGUUCACCAUACCAAGCAGCCAGAUGACUUCCUGAGUGGCACAAUCUGUAAUGUCAUAAUCAAGAGUAAAAGAGAACUAAGCAGUUUACAUUUACACUGUAAGUGAUGAGCAGUGCCUUUUUUACGACCUUUUAUCUUAAAGAUGCACUAGUUUAGAUUUUUUGAGAAAUUCUAGGUUUAAAGAUAAGUACCGAUUCGUUGUAAACAUCAGAGAAGUCAUAUUUUUAGCUGUUGUUGCUGUGCCUUUUUUGUGUAGCAGCUCCUCAAACAUCGUGAACUAGUGCCACUCUCAAAAGAUCUUCAAAAGUUAGAUGAAUGUGUGGGUCUCAUUCCAGUUCUUGCCACAAGAGGGCCUAGUAUGAGAGCAAAAUUGCUUUUAGAAACUUUUAUAUACUGUCAAUAUACUGACAUAAUAUUCUGCAAUAGGUGUGUUAUUGUUACUGUUUCAUGGUGGAGGUGAUGAGUGAAACACAUGUAAUCCUAUAACUCACUCAGGGAUGGUUCAUAGGUCUGCACUUGUCGAUGCAUUUUGUUCUGCCACGGCAGGUGAGCACACAAUAUGUAACAAGAAAAGUUACGAGGCUGGGGCUGUUAUAGUGGGAAUACUAGCUGUCGAGCUAACGUGUAAAGAUCCGAUUAAUAAGUGUCAGUAAAUAUGUUAAAAUACUCUAAUUUACACAGCAACCCAAAGAUGACAGUUGUUUUGCCUGCUGAUGUAUUAUCCCAUUUUGUACAUGGUACUAGAUGUAGGUGUAUGCUCCAUGAAAGCUUGCAUUAUAUUACAUAUACCAAAAUGUUUCUUCUUAUAAAUUUUUCAUUUAAAUAUUGCAUGAUGCCUUUUACACUUUUGCAUUUGACAGCAAAAUGUCAAAUGUUCAAGCCAAAAACUGAAAGAAAACCUCUAUUUAGCCUUUAGGUAGGAAACGGAGGCUUUAUGACCAUUGCAGUCAUUAUCCACAUUAAUAGUUCUGCUGUUGUAGAUGUAACAAUCACAUAGCCAGCUUGCUUUCUCAGAAGUCAGAGAGAAUAUUUACUGUAUUUACUGCUACUUUAUUUUUAAAGCUCACAAACCCUUCUUAUAAGCCCCUGCAUUGAACGUGGAGGUAAUGACAAAUGUGCAGUGAUUUUAUAGAAAAAUGUAAAACACAAACUCCUGGCCAAGACAAAGCUUAGGUCUUGGCAGUCAUGUUACUUUAUUUUAUAUUUGUAUGUUCUGUGUAUACAAAAGUUUGUUAUAAUUUGAGGGGGCUCUAUGUAUGUAAGGAUUUUUGAUUAUAAGUCAUAAAUUCUCAUAAAUACAGUACAAGUGC